AUGACUCGUCGAAUAUGGCAUCUACGCUCGAAAGUCACCGCUCGGAACAGAUCAGUUUCGCCCAGUCAUGCCGAGGGUGGCAUAAGUGCAUCUCAGGCCACAUCUGGAGUUGGCUUUGUCACUGGUCCUGGUGAGGCACAGGAGAUUUUUGGUCGCGGCAUCAUCCGUAUCCAACCUCAUGGCCCGCGGCACGCAUACUUCCUUACAUUCCUCCCAGACGUCGUUGAUCGUCCGCUAUCUCGCUCUCCGCCUGGGUUGAACUCUGUUCCACCGUCAUGCACUGAACGCACUGAACGUGCCACCAACACUUCGUCGAAAGAAUCCGCGCUAGAGAGUGGAAACGUACGGUUAGCCCGCCGUCGGGCUCAGACUCGUGAGGCCAUCCGCAAAGCUCGGAAUAAUCAUAGGACGCACCAAGUGAAUUCUAGGAAAAGGAUGCCAUGGUUACCAGAGGAAGAGGAGCUCUUGGUGAAGUUGAAGAGGGAUCAGCAUCUCCGUUGGUCAGACGUGACAAAGUUGUUCUCCGAGCAAUAUCCGGGAAGAACUCAAGGUUCUAUUCAAGUAUACUGGAGCACGAAUCUCAGCAAGAGAUCGCCAUGA